AUGGAUAUCAAACGUGAGAAGGACUGCAACUUUAUCACAGAUUUGACACUCGGACUCGUGGAGACACUGAGAACCGUGGGCGGCGUGCAGGACGUGUGCGUGGUGGUGCGCGGGGGCGUGGACAGGGCGGCCGUCGUGGCGUGGGAACAGCGUCACAACGUCGUUCUUCCGGCCACGUUGAGGGCUCUUUAUACGGCCACCGACGGAUUCAAGCUCACCUGGAACUAUGCGACGGCAGGCAAAGUCCUCCCCCUGGGCAACAUGGAGAUCCACCCCCUGGGCCGCGUAAACCGCCUGGGCACCGGCAGGGGGAGCGGCGACCCCCUGGCACCUUCCAUCACGGACUUGGCACUGGCCGAGGAUGCCAACUCCUCCUCCCCCCCCAUCGACGCCGGGCGGUCUGCGGGCGCGAGGUCCUCCCACGCCCCCUCCUUCCACUCGUCCAAGAUGUUCGAGGUGGAUUUCUGCCAGGGAUACGGACGCGUCGUGGUGGCCUACCCAGGACGAGGGGAGUCCUUCAGCGAGGGGUCAUUCUGGUUCGUCGACCUCUCCCUCAGGCCUCACUUCCUCGCGCAGGACACCAACACCUACUGGCGCCUGAUGUUGGCCCACCUCGGCAUGCCGCAGUGGCAGCCGCUCGUCGCCGGCUUGGGACUCACGCCGUGGGCCAGGCAAUGGUACGAAGUCGUGGCGGGGUACCUCCUGGAGGGCCCCCGGACGCCGCGCCUCUCCCAGGGCCCCGAGCUCGUCAACAAACUGGACUGGUCCGUGUUUAAGACCAAGAAGUCCCACAAGGCUAAGCUCACCAAGGACGCUGCUCCUGCUACCAAGGACGGGCCCGCUGCUGCUUCGAAGGAGUCGUCGACGUCAGCUGGUGGAGGAGGAGGCGCUGCAGAUACUGACUAUGCCCGGAUGCCCUUCCUGACGCCAACCUUCUCUAUUUACUAG